UAUUACGUCACCCUCACCUUCGAUGCCGUUGCCGUUUGUCGUGGCAAGGGCAGCCUUUGUGGCGCCAGCAGCUUUAAGAGCUAUUCCGGGGCGCAUAGGAUAUUUAAAUGCAACACGGUUCCUCUCUACCAGGUCUUGGAUGUCACCCUUCCGGCCUACGAGGGACAGCGGCAAUUCACACCAACCUCGAAUAUUUCAGAGGAGCAUGUUUAUUCAGACAGAGUCAACCCCUAAUGAAGACUCAUUGAAAUUUAUUCCUGGAAUUGCAGUGAUGACAAAUGGGUCAGCAGAGUUUCUGGACACACGAUCGGCGCUCAAAUCGCCCCUUGCCAUACGAUUAUUCGGCAUAGAAGGUGUUAAAGCUAUUUUUUAUGGCCCGGACUUUGUAACCGUGUCGAAAGACUCGGAACAUCCGUGGUCUGUCAUCAAGCCAGAAAUUUAUGCAACACUCAUGGAGUACUUCACAUCAAAUCAGCCUCUCUUUCGUUCAGAAGAGGAUCGGGAAGCAGCUGGGCCACAAGACACGCAUAUACUGGACACUGACUCGGAAAUCGUUGCCAUGAUCAAAGAGCUGCUGGAAACUCGGGUUCGACCUGCCAUCAUGGAAGACGGCGGUGAUAUAGAGUAUAGGGGCUUUAGCGAUGAUGGGAUCGUAAUGCUGAAACUGAAGGGAAGCUGUCGCGGCUGUGAUUCGAGUUCCGUCACGCUGAAGACUGGCAUUGAGCGGAUGUUGAUGCAUUACAUCCCCGAAGUGCAAGGGGUCCAGCAGGUUCUGGAUGAGGAGGAAGAAAUUGCGAGGAAAGAGUUCGAGAACUUUGAAAAAACUUUGGAGAAAAAGAAAGAGUCAGAGAUGGCUCAGUAUAUGUCGCCCUGAUCACCAGUGAACCUAUCACACAGGGGAUUGCAGAGUACGCUUGCUCUCUAAGUUGUAAAACUGAACCCCCAGACGUUUGGAUUGUUUCCAGCUCAGACACCUAAUCAUUUGAGAUUUAUCUCUCGCAACCACUUACGUUCCAUCCACUAAUUGUAAAGCUCAAAAAUAUUUACAAAUGUCAAUAAAUCGAGUUAGAUGAUGCAAAUC